AGAAAACCGUGUUCUAUGGGCUGUGUAAUUGGAUAAAUUGUCUUUGCUGCUUCAUGACAGAAACCGUGUAGGCUGUUUGACUGGAUAAGGACUCCAAAAGUGCGAAGGGACUAGAUGGGCGCCAUGGUGACGGACAGCUAGGGAACGGGAGAGUAGCCUUGUGAAUUGGAAUGCUUGCUCAAAUACCGAAGCCAGAGAGAAUGGAUGAAGAUCAAUUAAUGAAAGAAGUCUUGGAUAAAUUUGUCAACUGCCAUGAGCAAACCUAUGAAGAAUUUCUGAGCACUUUCACUCAUCUUUCAAAAGAGAAUAAUGUGGCCAAAUGGGGAGCACAUGGAACUGAUUCAUUAGAAAAUAUAUUUUCUACUGUAAAAUGGAAUCAUAAAAUUGAAUCGAAUGGUCGUCAUGUUAGAAAUACAACCAUCUUUCUUCACGCUUCAUCGGAACACUCGGAAGAGGACCAGAUUGUGAUUGAUGAAGGCCACAAAGUUGGUAGUUCCUUUCAAGGUGAUAUGGCCAGGGCUGGAAGGGUGAAGGUAGACAACUUCAUAGACUUAGAAGAUGUGGACAUGGAGGAAGAGAGGAAGCCCCAGAUGAGCAAGGAUUGCCUGCUACUUCCAGGUGAAGUGGAACAGGGUGUAAGCGCCAGCGUUCCUCCUUACGUUCCUUCUGUGGGCCUACCUCUCACCUCUGAGGUGAGGCCAAAGCCUGCUGUGGGAAGAACUCAGAAGCAAACCGAAGAGCUGAAGCAAGCUUUAUUUAAUACUGGCCAGGAAGAUGGACUGGUUGUGUACCUAACUGGGAUUCCCAGAGAAUGGUGCUGAAUUAGGUCAGUCAGGUGUCUACAAAGGCCAAAAUAUACUUGGAGAUGAAGUUCAGCCCUUCUUUCUUGAUGAAGAAUUUGAUUAUGACAAUGUAACUCUCACUCCCAAGUUUACUGCUGGAGAGAUAGCAACCAUCCAAGAGUUAUCCAAGCAAGAGAGAUUGGGUUUCGGUACAGAUGUGUGCUAACUCCAUGACUGAUGCCUCUGGGUUUAGUUUUAUUUUGUUCACACUCAAGCGACGUUAGAAUAAAGCAUAUGCCAAACUGAUUCCCUCUGUGGAAAUGUACAUGGCUGUAUUCAUUUGUCACUGUUUAUCACCAGGACACAGAUUAACCAAGACUGAAGAGAUCACUUUCAUUUCCGCAUUCUCUUCUGUCCCAUGGCCGUGUCCUAUGACUGGUUGGCACAAUGGAAGAGGGAAAUGGGGCAGGAGAUAAGGGCCUCUGAAUCUGCAUGUGAUGAAGGCACCAUACAAGGACAUGAGUGUGUUGUGCUGAAGAUUGGCAGUGGGAGUGCGUUUAUUAGAGGUGAAGGACAACCACACGCUCCAAACAUUAUCAGGACUAAUAGAAUCACAUAUGUAUGUAUGCCUCUGGUCCUGUGUGUCCAGAGUUGGUGGACGGAUUGUAGUUGUGGAGAGAGUGAGCUUCACUGAAAAGGAAGGCACUGCAGAGCUGAUUUUGACAUCACACAUGGAAUUCUGGGAUUUAAAAAGUUAUCAUUAAGUCAUGUCUGAUAGUCACAAAGUACAGUGAGUAGGCUCUGUCUCCAGAGUUUAAGAACAGCUAGAGAAUGUAAAAUGGUAUCAUGGGGCUGGUGAGAGGGCUCUGUAGAGUGCUUGCUAGGCAAGCCUGAUGACCUUAGUUAGUCCCUGGAACCACGUAAAGGAGGACAGAGAGAAAUGACUCCAUAAAGCUGUCCUCAGACCAAAAGCAAGUGUACCCCCCUUCUCCUACUAAUAAUAAAAGAUAAAAAUUUAAAAAUGUACCAUGGAGUAGUAACUCUGCAGGCGACUCAUAAGGUCACUGAGGGAAUGAGUAGAGAGGGAUGCAGGCACUGAAGAAGGAAGGAUAAGGUGGGUAAUCCGUUUGAAAUAAUGUUUAUUAUUGAAGAAAUCAGUAAGUGUGCUUGGUAUUCUUCCUUCUUUUAAGUAGCCUUUUCAUUUUAUCAUCGUCUCAGGAAGCAUAGUUGCCGUCCGUUCCCUUUCUCUCAUCCCCUACACUUAAGCCACAGAGUGAGCUUGUUGCUGGGUUGGAUUCUGUCCUAUUGCUUUCCGUCUCUUGUGGUAAAAACGCUUGACAUAAGAGCCACCAUCUUCAAUGCUUGGGCACACAGUUCAAUAUUGCAAACUAUGUACACAAUAUUGUGGUGUCUCUCUAGGACUUACCCACCUGCUACCAACACCACACUCAGUUCUCCAUGGCUUCUGUUUCUGAGUUCGACGGCUGGAGAUACCCCAUGGAAAUGGACAUGCAUUGUCUGCCCUUUGGUGCCUCGCUUAUCUCACUUAUUACAGUAUUCUCUGGGUUCCUUCACAUGGUCGCACAUGGCAGGAUUUGUUCCUUCUGAAUGCUGAAUACAUAGUAAGUAUCACAUCAUGUA